AUGCGAUUAUCCACUGGAAACAGCACGGAGUCUUCGUCAUUAUUCGCCAUCUACAUAGCUCUCAAGUGCCUACAGAAUAUAGCAACUACCCUAGUUUUUAUACUGUAUAUUUACAUAGUGGCUCUGCUUUGGCGAAAACAAGUAUAUCACUCAAAUCUGGUGGUACUUCUGAUGGCUCUACCAGUUUCGUCUUUGAUUGCUGUCGUCAUGACCUUAGUACUGGACGUUCUAGGUGCUUUGGAUCUUCUAGUGAGCCCUAUCGUGGACAUUAUAGAAUUCGCCAUGAAAUCUGGAAUGUUUGGUGGAGCGCUGAAUCUGCCAAAUUUCAUAGUUGAACGAUUGGCAGCCACACUACUUGUGGACAAAUAUGAAAAAUGCAAUGUCAGCUUUCCCUUUCUAUCAUCAGCUCUGAUACUUGUUCAGAUGGGCGUGGUUUCUUUUCUAAUCUAUCUCAACACCAUUGGUCUGAUAUCUGAUCUGGAUGGCGUUCUCGUAUUUGGGAUCAUCUGUGCAGCUGCCAUUGUUGUCCGAUAUCAAACUGCCGAGAAUAUGAGAGCUGCCCGAUUGCUCAACAAGUUGAUGGUGCUCUAUGUGUGCUUUUUCGUCGCCGAAAAUCUCUACUACUAUGUCGUUAUGUUCGUUCUUCACUACGAAGACGAUAUUGUACGGGAGAUACUGCUUUCUCUUUUCACAAUUCUCAUGGUUACAGAGAUAUUCGCCUCCGUUACAUUAAUGGCCAUCUCCCAUCCGUCGUUGAGGAAAUCAGUGCAACCUAAGUUUUUGAACGUGGUCACAGUGCAGCCAGUGGCGGUUGCCUCCAUCUCUGUAGAGAACACAAAGUCAUCGUCCCACAGCGUCACUGACGUACGUGCUGUAGACGGAAGGAAGUUGCUGUUUACUUUGGAACAAGAAAAGGAAAUGUAUUUUAAAAGUUAUGCUGAUAUGUGGAAUAAAUAA